AUGGCGGCUAUUAUACAUAAAUUAUGGCAAGGUUAUCAAAUUGUAUUUGAGGAUUGGCCCGACCCUAGAACAAAAUCGUGGCCUCUUGUCGCAAAACCUUACCAAGGGUUACUAUUACUUGGGCUCUAUCUUAUGUUCGUUCUGAAAUGGGGCCCCAAAUGGAUGAAAGAUCGACCACCUUUCAACCUUAAUAAAUUAUUAAUAGCGUACAACGCGUUACAAGUUGUAUUCUGUGUAUAUCUAUUUAGUUCGGCGAUAUAUUAUGCUUGGGGUAACCAAUACAAAUGGUUAUGUGAGCCAGUGGAUUUCGAAAUUAACGAAACAUCCAUGAAGAUUGCAAAACUAGUGUAUCUAUACUUUUUAUUGAAGGUCCUCGAUCUAUUUGAUACGUUGCAAUUUUUCCUGUGCGUGGUACACAUGGGAUGCAUCGUCUUCAUACCUGACUGCGCUUUCCCUAGAUGGACUGCAGCCUUAUUUCUACCACAGGACCUGUUCAUGCUGAUGCUGUUCAUAGAUUUCUACGUAAAAACUUACAUCAAGAAGAAACCGAAAGAAGAAACAGUGAAAAACACAAAAGAUUUAGCGUACGAAAUCGAAACAGAAUCAAAUCAAAACGGAACAGUAGAUAUGAAACAAUUUGAUAUUAAUAAUAAUUCUAAUAAAGAACAUACAAAUUAA